UACAUAACAAUCACAACGCUGACUCUCUCUUCAACCUUGUAAGCAAGAAUAGGCAUCUUGCAUGGAGAUCGACCGAUGUAAAGAUAGCGUCAAGACUAGCCGUGAUCAACCUCGUUGCAUCCACUUCUGCUCAUUUCGACUGGGCCCAAGCCUGUGAGGAUCCAAUAAAACAGCCAAUUACAGAGCCGAGAUACUUGCUGUGUCUGGGCGUGAGCUUCGGGAGCUUUGGCCCGUUCCUCAUCUUCAACUCUGGUUCACCGUAAAAGGAGCUUUGGACCCUGGGGCAUAAGCAAUAUCAAUCACCUUGUUUGUGUUGCUGAACCAAGGCAAAUGGACGCCCCAAAAGAAUCAGAAAUUCACUCAGAGUCAGGUGUAAUGAGCGGUUUGUUUGCAUUCGGGAGGCAAAUAGUAGGAUCUUAAUGAGGGAUAUCAUGAUGGUGGCGGCACACCAAGAAAAAUCAACCAUGAUACCACCCAAUCUCAAUCAAGGUUGCCUGUUUCCCUUAUUCUUAUUCUCAUUCUCGGCUACCCGCUUGUCUGUGCAUUGUGUCUGUACAUACCUACGUAUUCAACUGACUGCAACAUCAUAUCUGCAAAGGACCGAUCUCGAACAUUCAGCCAUCAUGGAGCAAGUAUAGAGGAGGAUGCUAAAAUAAACUCAGUGAAGACCCCCCUAGGUUUAGCCUAGAGGUACCUGUCAUUUUUAUCAUUACGGAUAGAGGCUCCCCUAGCCAGUCUCACCAACUUGGCCCGUUGAGUGCUAAUAAUACCAGCGGUAAAUGGAUACUCCAUACCUUUCAAGAAGAAAUGGGAAACAAGAUACCGGGGAUCCUGGCUGGUUGGCCCGCCGCAAGCCUACAAGGUGAGAGAUCGCUGGUGCAAGUGGUGAAGUGGUGGGGUUUAAUCCCCGUGGUAUGGGUAUCGUGAAGGGGAGACGAAGGCACUAUUGAGCCUCGUCUCAUCUUCACCGCAAGCCAUCAACCACAACUAGGUAGUCGGUAAGGAUGAACAGGGACGGGUUAGUUACCAGAGCAUGGGAAAAAGCCUCCAUUCCCCAACGGCCAGGGAAGAAAAAACAAAACACAUGGAUGGGAGCUGAGAUAGCCUAGACCAGGUAAGGUACCUAGGUGCAGUACGGUAUCUCGAGUAUCACCGAGUUAGUAGACGGUCUAUCUGCUCGACCAUUGCGAGCUGAGUUGUCACCGCAAGUCUAGGAAUCUCGCCUCCUAUGUUACCCAACCUUUACUAAAUCUGCACCAACAAAAAGAGAGGAAAUUGCUGGAAAAGGACAAGAAGCAGAAUCAGUUGAGAGUGCAAGACAGAAAAGAAGAAGAAGAAAAAAAAAACACCCAAAUCGACUCGACGUCACUGCUACACCUCAGAUUGCAGAAAAAGUGUCAAUAGUUCUAGACUGCUGUUGUUGUUCGGCUUCUUUUGUCCGCCUAAGAAAAAAGCUCCCUCGCCACCCCCACCAAGUCUACAAGCAACAGCUGCAAGCCCGGCAUCACCGCCCCGCAUCUAACUCUACUCUGGCGCGCUGUUGCUGGUGCUGGUGCUGGUGCUGGCCUCCCCUUUCCCUCUCGCUCCCGUUCGUUUAUUAGCUGCUUGACCUGCUUGACCUGGUUACCUUGAUUCAUUCCUCUCCUCUCUCUCUCUCUCUCCCCAUUAACAACUUCUUGAUCCUUCUCCUCAUUCUGCAUCCCCCCCCAAAGGCUAUCUAUCUACUCCCUCCCGUUGGCUUCCAUCGUGCUACUCUAAUUCCACCUUAUUAAUAUUCUCCACGAUUCGACCGACUGACUCCGUUCGCAAUGGCCAGUGCUAUCAAGAGUGCGCUGCCUACCCACCUCAAGCCCAACAGCGGCGAUGACCAGGGCAAUGAGCGUCGUCAUGGCAAGACGCGCAGUCACAUGGCACUUGACAUGGCUGCAAACAGGCUCGCGCUUCCACAUCUCUUCACAUCUGCCAGAUGGACUUGGUUACGGCUCGCGCAUUCACUCGAAGCUUGAUGGCUUUAAAGUUCCCCGAUGAGGUUGCGAAGCUUCGUCCUUCUCUCUUCCUAACACACAGCCUGCAUCAUAUUUUUUUACCAUAAACAAUACUAACCCAUCAUGCUCCAGGCUUUCGAGAACACCUCCACCAACGUCGCUGCUGCUCAGAUGCGAAAUGCUCUGACCAACCUCGCCGAGACCGUCAAGGAUCCCGAACAAAAGAAGUUGUUCGAGACUGAGAUGGACAAUUUCUUCGCCCUUUUCCGACGAUACCUUAACGACAAGGCCAAGGGCAACGCCGUAGACUGGGAUCGCAUUGCCCCUCCCGCUCAGGGUCAGGUCGUUGAUUACGAGGAUCUGGCCAACACCGAGUCUGUCCAGUUCCUCAACAAGCUGGCUGUUCUCAAGCUCAAUGGCGGUCUAGGAACCUCCAUGGGCUGCGUCGGCCCCAAGUCCGUUAUUGAAGUCCGUGACGGCAUGUCCUUCCUCGAUCUUUCCGUCCGACAGAUUGAGUACCUCAACCGUACCUACGAUGUUAACGUCCCUUUCAUUCUCAUGAACUCGUUCAACACAAAUGACGACACUGCGGCCAUCAUCAAGAAGUACGAGGGCCACAACGUCGAUAUCCUUACCUUCAACCAGUCUCGAUAUCCCAGAGUGUACAAGGACUCUCUCCUCCCCGUCCCCAAGCACAACGACUCUCCCAUCAACGAGUGGUACCCCCCCGGCCACGGUGACGUUUUCGAGUCUCUUUACAACUCUGGCAUUCUCGACAAGCUUCUCGAGCGAGGCAUCGAGAUCAUCUUCCUUUCCAACGUCGACAACCUGGGCGCCGUCGUCGACCUUCGCAUCCUCCAGCACAUGAUGGAGACAAACGCUGAGUACAUCAUGGAGCUCACCAACAAGACCAAGGCCGACGUCAAGGGUGGUACAAUCAUCGACUACGAGGGCUCAGUCCGCCUACUCGAAAUUGCCCAGGUACCCAAGGAGCAUGUCAACGAGUUCAAGUCCAUCAAGAAGUUCAAGUACUUCAACACCAACAACAUUUGGCUCAACCUCAAGGCCAUCAAGCGUGUGGUAGAGAACGACGAACUCGAGAUGGAGAUUAUCCCCAAUGGCAAGACCAUUCCUGGUGACAAGAAGGGCGAGUCCGAUAUUUCUAUCAUCCAGCUUGAGACCGCUGUCGGUGCGGCUAUCCGUCAUUUCAACAACGCUCACGGUGUCAACGUUCCCCGUCGACGAUUCUUGCCCGUCAAGACCUGUUCCGACUUGAUGCUCGUCAAGUCUGACCUUUACACAUUGAAGCACGGCCAACUCCAAAUGAGCGCCGCUCGCUUCGGUGACGCGCCCCUGAUCAAGCUUGGUGGUGACUUCAAGAAGGUCUCAGACUUCCAGAAGCGAAUCCCCUCCAUUCCUAAGGUGCUGGAGCUGGAUCACCUCACUAUCACCGGUGCCGUCAAUCUUGGCCGCGGCGUAACGCUCAAGGGCACUGUUAUCAUCGUCGCGACAGAGGGCAGUACCAUCGACAUCCCCCCUGGAUCGAUCCUUGAGAACGUGGUUGUCCAGGGUAGCUUGCGCCUACUCGAACAUUAAAUUGGGAGCUUGUUUGGAUGUCGUACGGUUUUGUGGCAGACUGUCUCAGGGUUUUAACUUGUCACGACCUCUCGAGGUGCAUAAGAUGGACAGCCCAUAGGCAGACAUGUGAUGAGGUUUGAGAAUUGGAAUGUUUAUCCUAUGGUAUGGAAGAGAGGCGACGUCUCCGAAUUAGUAGAUAUGGGAGCCUGAUUGAAGCGUCAUAUUGAAUGAACGCUUACUGGGAGGGUAUGGAGGAUAAGGUACACUUUGAGUAUGUACGUACUUGGCAAAACAGCAUUAGCUUGAUACCUAUACAUAGGUACAGCACAUUUUUAAUUGAAAAGGACAAAUGACAAUUUCUCGACAAAUGAAGGGGUCUCGGGGAAAUGUGCCGGACAAGGUCGUCGACUCAUGUUGGGACACGCCACAUCAUCUAACUUAGCACAGUAGAUUAUUAGACAAAACCAGUCUUUGUAUUAUAGUAGUGGCGUUUCCUUGUAAAUGGGGCUGAUGGACAUAGUCGGUAGGCCUAUCCUCAUUUCGGACCAGAUCUUAACCUUAAAUCUUGUAAGGAGUACAUAGGUUUUUGCAAUUACGGUUUACCAGCCCCUUUGGCUUGUUCAGGCUUCAGGCGGACCAACGUCGUCGUUCAUCGGACGCAUGACGACGACGUUGAGGAUAGUCUGCUUCUGUGCUAAGUAUUUGUGAGGCACAGUCGUACUGGAAAAGUCUAUCCAUCCUGGCUGGGGUGGCAGGGUGGCUUACCUGCACUGUCGAACGUGCUGCAUACGGUCUGAGAGCAGGAUGAUGGUGUCAAAACACCAGGUUGUUUGAAAGUGAGACGCGGGGCGAAGGGUCUGUUUCGACCCAGGAGGAUCAUAGCACAAGACCGUUUACAACACUUUGCCUGUUUGCUAUCUCGAUUUGAGGCCUAUGACCUGUCGCAAACGCUAGCAAAGUGAAAUCAAAG